AUGUUGGGCCACAGCAUCCGGAGGUUCACAACCUCUGUGGUUGUGAGCCACAGGAGCCACUAUGAGGAGGGCCCUGGGAAGAAUUUGCCAUUUUCAGUGGAAAACAAGUGGGCGUUACUAGUUAAGACGUGUUUGUACUUUGGAUCUGCAUUUGCUGCACCCUUCCUUAUAGUAAGACACCAACUGCUUAAAUCAUAAGGAUGUUUCAGUUCGUCCGUUUAACAGAUAUG